UUUAAGAAGCAAAAUUUGUAGCCUCAUAAGUCAUAUACAUAUCUCAUGGCCUUACAUUACCAUGGCUUUGAAUUUCAGCUCUGUUUUUGUGCAACCAAAACAUGUCUGCUUUCUCAUUCCUCCUAACCACAAACUUUAUUAUACUUCCUUAAGAAGAGCUGCUCUUUCUGAACAAGGGGAUGGAAGAGUCACCAAGGAGGAAGACCUUCCCACUUAUUCUGGUUCAUUAUCUUCUGCUCGAACACAGCUAGAUCUCUUGGAACAGCUCACUUCCAGCAGCUCAGCAGUAGAUGGUUAUGAAAGUGAUAGUAGCUCUGGUAAACCUACAAUUCGUAAUCAGCUUGCUACGUUGGUUGGAGAUCGUGAUGAUGACUUCAGCAUUCCUUUGGGUAAGAAUCUGAAGAAGGUUAGCGCCAAGUUCUUAACUACUUCACAGAAGAGAAACAUCAAAAGACAAGCCUACCUGAAUGAAGUAUCUCAGAGGAAUGACUCAACUUUCUUUGCUACAAUUGGAGCAUUUGUCAUUCUUCCACCCCUUGUCAUUUUAGGAAUUGCAAUAGCGACAGGUUAUGUGCAGUUAUUUCCAUGAGUUGUAUAAAUAUUUUGUAUAAAGAUUCACUGUAUCUGUUACUAAUAUAGUGAAACUUUACAAGUUUAAAAAAAUCCUUGUAACUCAGGAAAAAGUGAUCCAUUGGGGUCACUUCUCUUGCUCGAGUGUCCGUUUCCAUUCUAGGUGUCACCAAAAAGAAUUAGGGAUAGUUAGAACAAGCUGCAUAUGUCGCGAUGGUGUUCGAUAUGCUUAAUUCAUUGAUUGAACCUGUCGCGAUUGUGUAGCCAGUUAUGUUUCGUAUAUCUUCAGAUACAGUGCAGAUAAAAGUAUCAGUUAGCUUUCGAC